UUAAACCGGCCCAAAUUUACAAAACACCCAAAACCCUCCCUUAUCACAACCAUCUUCUCCACGACUCCACCGGAGACGACCGUCAUACCAAAUGGACUCACCAUCAACACCGCCACCAAAAACCUCUCAAUUCAACCUCCAACACGCCAUUAACAACCUCCAAAACCAAUUCUCUUCCUUUUUCCACCACCACCACUUCUUCAAUCCCAACCCUAGGUUCGAAUUCGACCUUCUAGAACCCGUAAUCACCCCUAAAAAACCAACCGCCUCAAUCUCCUUCACUAAAAACCCUAUAUGGGCUCGAAUUACGCCCGAUAAUAAUAAUAAUAAUAAUAAAACUGUUGUUACCGGUGCCGGUAUGUCGGAUGAGGAUAUUGAGCAGCGGUUGGCCGGUGUGCCGGUGUACGCUCUCAGUAAUUCGUCUGAGGAGUUUGUGGUGGUUUCCGGUCAGAAUCCGGUGAAGUCGCUAGGGUUGUUGUGUUUUAAGGAGGAAGAUGCUGAGACGCUUCUUGGACAGAUGAAGUCUAUGGACCCGAGAAUGCGCCCGGGGUCGAAAGUUGUUCCUGUUGCUCUUAGCAUGGUUUUCCAACUUAAAGUUAACGGCGUGUCUUUUAGGUUUAUUCCAGAGUCUUCACAGAUAAAGAAUGCAAUUGAGGAAAGACGUAAGGCUGGUAUAUCGGAUGACAGCUUCUCUGGAGUUCCUGUUUUCCAGUCAAGGAGCUUAGUUCUACGCAGCCAAAACAGAAGAUACCGUCCAGCUUUUUUCAGAAAGGAGGAUCUCGAAAAAUCGUUAGCGAAAGCUUCUGUUCAGCAAAAACAACUGAAUCCCGCCCUUAGGGUGGGUGAUCUUGAGGUAGCUGUUCUCGAGGAUAUAAUACAAGGGAUGAAGGACAGUUCUACAACUGAUUGGGACGAUGUUGUUUUCAUCCCUCCCGGUUUUGAUGUUUCAACUGGCCCAUCAAGGCAAUAGGAAGUAAACUAAAACCAUGUUUGUGCUUCUAUCAAUGGAUUUGGAAUAUGUGAUGUACUGAUCAUAUUAUUGGUGCGGUUCUGCAUCAUAGCUUUGUAUAUCCAUCCAUGAGUCGAUAGUAGUUUAUAGAUCGAGUGAGUUCAUAUGUAGGACAAAUGAUUGUCAUCAAGUUUAUGAGAUUGUUUUCCAGAAAUUGGUCCUGUCUUUAUGUUUCUUGUAUGGUUUGUGUUCUUGGCAUACGUUGCGGUUUGCUUGAUUGUUU